GACCUUACUAGUCAAAGUGUGUAGAGGCGGGAGCGAUACAAAUAUAAAGAAAACAAUAAUAUAAAUCAUUAAGUUCAGCAGAGUUCGAUUAGCCGGAUGGGUUAGGUUUAAAAUAUACAAAUAUUCUUUACCUCUGCACAACUCAACAGAAGAAAAUAAUACAGAAAGAAAACAGCAACACCAAUAGUUGAAUACUAUUGUGAAGGUUUGGUAAUCAGCUGCGCAUUAGAUAAUGGCUCCGAUGACAAAUGCCGAAAGGCAGAAGAAAUAUAGAGAACGUUUAAAACAGAAUCCUAUAAAAUAUGAAGAGUUACGAGUAAGACAUUUAGAAAGAGUAAAUCAAUCAAGAAAGCGUGGCAUAAAAAAAAAACAAUAUAACGCAAUCUUUGGGAUUGAUUUACAAAGAAUCUACACACACAGGGAAACAGGUCCUAAAAAAAGUUAUGAAAAAUUCGAUAACAUCAAAACACAGAAUGAACACAAAAUAAAAAAGGCUGUUGGAAUCAAAGGCAAAAUUCGAUCGAGAUUGACUAGAUUAGCAAAAAGGAAGUUAUUUAUACUCGAAAUUCACAAGUUUUUCUUACGUGAUGACAUAAGCCGCCCAACAGCCGGCAAAAAAGAAUGCAAAACUAAAAAUAAAACCAAAAUGCAGAUACGGUUACUGACAGACACCAUGAACAAUUUGUACAAGAUAUACAAAAGAGAUGGAGGCAAAGUUUCAUACGCUACUUAA